CGCGGAUCCGCAGGAGCCAAGCCUCAACAAGGACCUAGGACACCUCGGAUUCCGCGCAGGCCACGCACGACCAUGGCUGCUACCGCUGACGACAAUGCACAAGCCAGCCCCAAGAGGCCGGUUACCCCUCCUAUCCCAGUUCAGCAGGCCGAUGAACCGCUUCUAGCGUUUCUCAAACGGCUCCAGCUCUACUCGGAGACCACGGCAGCUGAACUCAGCAAGUGGCAAGAGGAGGAAGCCGCCCGCCAGCAGGAAAUACAACGCCAACUGGCAGAGGCAGAGGCAACACGUCAGCAGGCCGCAGCAGAUGCUGCAACAGCCGCACGGUUGCAACAGCAGCAGGUCGAGGCAAGUCAACACCAAGCUCGUUACCAAGCCACGAUGGACCUAGCACGCGACGAAGCCACGCAUAGCAGGCUACUUCGACGACAUUAUUUCCAAGAAACCGAAGAACGGGAAGAGCCAACCGAGGAAGAAAGUAACAAGGAAGGUACAGGAGUACUGAUGGAGAAUAUGCUGUACACGUGCAAUUGGCAGCAACGUGAACUGCUAGCCAUGCGGCAGGUCUUCAUCCACCAUGAAACAACAUUAAAGGCAUUGGACAAGAAGAUCGCGACCCUGCAGCCCGAGAUCAACACACUACACGCCGUCAGCAGCCAGCAGCAGACACUCAAUGACCAGCUGGACACCAAUGUCAGCAUGGGGUUGGCACAAUUGUCGGCAGCUGCGUCAACGGGCAGUGCAGUGGUAGACUACAGCCCAACUUUGACCGCGCAGGCCAAGCAACUCGAAGAGCAGAUCAACCACGUGGUCGCAUCCCACGGCGACAUCAGCAAGUUUGCUGGAGCAUCGACAAUCAGCAAUCAGCUGUAGACGCUCAGCGACCACGUUGAGCAAUGACCGGCCGCUGCCGCCAAGGAAUGGAAGAUGCCGAACUUC